AUGGAGUAUGGAAAUCUGUACCCACACGUUUCUGCCGCCCUUAAAGAAGUGAAGACCAUGACCACCCAAGGGGCGAAUCUCUUGGUAGAUUUCGAGGAUGGGGAAACGAAUUGGUGGGACACGGAGAGGGUGAAGCGGACGAUGAUUGCUUUCCAAGGUGACACUUGGAAGCGCCCCCGCGAUACACCAGAGUGGCAAAGGCCGAGGGAUCAAGCUAUAAAAAAGCAGCCAAAUUUCCAAAAAUAUAUGGAAAAUGUUAUGGCCUUUGAAAGAGGCCUGAAUGGGAAGGGGAGACCAUAUGAUAUUCUGUGUGGCGAUGGUCAUCUGAAGAGAUAUUGGUAUAAUUAUAGAUAUAGGGAUUGGCAGCGAGAGAAACCCAGUCACGGUGCUGGAGAUUUUGCAUACUUUGACACGUUCCUCAACAAAUGGUGGCCCAAGAACGAGGAGGCAUGUGCCAGUAAAAAGUUCGCCGGGUCAGCGGUAGCAGAUCGAUAUGUACAACUGUGCGCGGAGAGAAUAGCAGAAACAAAUUGGCGAAUUACGAUAGGAGAUGACCGCAAGGUGGACUGGACUUCUCAAAGACUUCAUGGGUUGGACAGAAACAAGCUGGUUCUCCGAUGGUGGGCACAAUGGCUGGUAUACACUCUCAAGCAUGAACUCAUUCAUGUUUUGAUGGAAUUCGAUGAUGUUGAGGUCUGCGGAGAAACGGCUGAAAACUGGGUGGGUGCAACUUCACUUGCGGACACAGAUCCUCAUCUUUGCCCCGUCAAUGUUGACAGCCUUGGGCUUCCGCUACUUACGCUGUAUUUAGAAGGGGAUGAGUGGAGCAGCGGUGGAGCCAAGAACAGAGAGACUGUACGAAGGGAGCUGGAAAGAGAACAGCGAAAACGUCCCUAA